GAGCAACGCCCACAUCUUUUUGAUCCAGCACCGUGCCGGCUGGGUCUCGGAGAAGGAGGGUUACACUUGGCAGCCGCAGAUGGGCUGGGAGUCGAUCUUCGUGGACGACUUGCAAGGCUCCGGAGGGGCGCCGGAGGGCCAGCUCAUGGGCCAAUCCUUGAAGGAGUUUCUACAGCUCUCGGUGCACGAGCUACAGCAGAAGCAGCGCAUACCUUCGCUGGCACAGACGCUGCUGGCGCGGGGCACCACGUGCCUGGCGCGCUGCGUGCCGCCGUCCCUGGGCCUGGCCCAGGUGGCGGAGCGCGUGCGCGCGGUGCGCCAGGCGCUGCAGGACUUGCCCGGCUUCGUGGAGGCGGUGGAGUCUUUGGCUAUGCUGGUGCUGAUGCAGUGGAGACCAGAGCAGAACGGCCUCCAUUUGCACCUGAAGCUGGCGAUGCAGGAGAUGCGCUUCGGAAGCCUGCGGAAGUCGGUGUGGCUGUCCAUUGAGCGGCUGCAGCUGUCAGCGCUCACGCACGCGCUGCGCUGGCUGGACACGGACUUCAACCUCCGCCACGUCUUGCACCCCAGCAGCGCCUGCUGCCGCCUCUGGCUGCAGCUGGCGCCCCGGAACCCCGCGGACCCCGCGGCGGCGGCGAACGCGGCGCCGCAGGUGAUUGCUGCAGCGCUGAAGCCGGGGGCUGCGUUGCAAGGCCCGGCGCCGGUGGCGAACCACGGGCGCGGCGGCCCGCUGCGCUGCCGCUGCCCCUUCUCCGCGCGGCUCCUCUCCGGGUGUGCUGGGGUCACCAGCGGCUUGGAAGACCGCGACCCCGGGCGUCUGAGGAGCCUUUGCGCCAGGAUGAUCG